AUGCGAUUUGUUGCAACUUUAUUAUUAGUUUAUUUGGCAGUUUGUGCCAACUUUGGAUUCACAAAUGCUAGAAGACCACCAACUAAAGCUGAAUUGGAUGCUUUUGAAUAUUCAUUGGUGGAAUUUGAAAAUGUUGAAUCUGCCAAAGAUUUUGGUCUCUUUUUAUUAGGUUUUGUUGAAGGUAUCGAAAUUUCAACAUCAAAACAUGCACAACAAUGUAUUGCAGAUUCUGGUAGAUCAAUUAAAGGAUUUAUUGGAGCCUAUGAACAAAUUCAAUUCGGUUUAUCACAUAAAUCAGUCAGUGCUAUUGGUCAAGGAUUCAAAACACUUGGAAACAAUCUCAAAGAGAUUCCAAAGAUCUUGGAAGAAUGUGAAGUCAAAGUAUUGGUCAAGGAAAUCAAGGGAAUUGCUCAAAAGUUGGAAAGCGGCACUGCUGGCGUUAUCCAAUUACUCGUCAAGGAAGCCAUUAAUAUUUUCCACAACCGUGUUGAUUUGACCGCCGAUUUCAAGAGAGCUAUUGCAGCUGAAAAGAGACAUGAUUUCAAAUCAUUUGGUCUUGAAAGUGGAAAGAUUGUUGGUGUUCUUCUCAAGGUUUAA